UCUUUCCCACCACCUCCGACAUUUAUGGAUUAAAUUAUUAGGGUUUUCAGAUUGAAUUGCAAUUCGCGAAUUAGGGUUAGGGCUUUUGAGACCCAUCGUCGCCCCAAUUCAUACCCAUGUCUUUCCUCGAAGAAUUUCAUGCCAAUCUGGAAUCUCUGCCUAAUAUUUUGCAAAGGCAUUAUGCAGUGUUGCGGAAUCUGGACAAGAGUAUACAAGAUAUCCAAAAGCAGAAUGAGCAACGUUGCGAACAAGAAAUAGAGGACAUAAAGCGUGAUAUUAAGUCUGGAAAUAUUACACCUGACAGUUCACUUAUCAGAUUCUCAGAUGAGGCACUUGAUGAGCAAAAACAUAGCAUUGGGAUCGCAGAUGAAAAGGUCAUGCUGGCUGUUCGGGCAUAUGAUUUGGUUGAUACUCACAUACAACAACUUGAUCAAUAUUUGAAAAAAAUUGGUGCAGAGCUCCGGCCUGCCUCAGAUGGUGUUGCUGCAAGUGCCAUGCCUGCUCCAAGUCUUGAUGGUACUGCAAAAUCUGGAAGGAGCGGCGAAGGUGGUAGAGGAGGGCGUAAGAAAAAACAGGCAACAGUAGCAGCAACAGCACUGGAAGCUGCAACUGCAACUGCACCUGCCCCUGCUCCUGCAAAUCCCACUGGUAUGGAUUUAGAUAUACCAGUGGAUCCAAAUGAGCCAACUUACUGUUCGUGUAACCAAGUUAGCUAUGGAGAUAUGGUUGCUUGUGAUAACCCCAAUUGCAAGAUCGAAUGGUUCCAUUUCGGCUGUGUUGGUUUGAAAGAUCAGCCAAAAGGAAAAUGGUAUUGUUCAGAUUGUGCUAAAUUGAGAAAUCGGCGCAAAAGGUAGAUGAUGCGGAUAACUCAUCUGAAGUUCUGAAUUUCUAUGUCCCCUGUCACACCAUGUUUAUUUGGCAGCCUUUGUUUAUUUUACACAUUUCUAAUUGUUCUACACAAAUUAGAUUUUCCCUCUUCAGAAAAAAAAGAAAAUUAGAUUUGUAUAUCAUUUUGUGUUAAUAGAAUUGAAGUGCGAAUAGUGAAGCUAAUAAAUUUGCAAUGAGUUUAAGAGUGAA